CGAUGUUAGUCCCGGCAUCACCAUUGUCACCGUUAGAGAUACUUGUGAAAACAAUUAUUGAACAAUACCUAGCUACAUCAUAUUGCAUUACAUUCGUUUCUGAUGUUCCUUUUAACGUUUUUUUAGCAACGGGCUUAACUUAUUUGAUUCCAAGCGAACAGAACCUUGUUGAACAGAUAUUGAAUGUGUCCGAAAUUGGGUGUUCUGAUUACAUUGUGAGAAUGCAAGAACCGCAAAAGUUCAUGGUUGCGUUCGAACGAGUUGUUCAUAUAGGAGACAUAAGAAGAAGUGAUCGAAAGAUUAUAAUACUGCCAUAUGAUGAGGACUACAACGAAAACAGAGAAAUAGAUUUGUCUUCUAUGGUGUUUUCUAUGAAGGAGAGCAAUUUUGUUGCAAAUAUGUUAAUGAUCGAGACCCUAAACAGUGAAAGUGAUUGCAAGUUAUUUGAUUUGAUAACACAUAAAUUUGUGGGCCCAGAUGAAGAAAUGCAUUUGCCGAUACAUUUAGAUCGUUGGGAUUCGUGUAGAGAGAAAUUUGAGAAAAAAGCCAAUUUGUUUCCCCAUGACAUAACAAACUUAAACGGAAAAACAGUAAAGGUGGCUUGCAUUACUUACCAACCUUUUGUUUUGUUGGACAUAGAUCCUGCUAUAGAGCCGCUUGGAAGAGAUGGCGUAGAGGUUAGGAUGGUUGAAGAAUUUUGCAGGUUAGCUCAGUUCAGUGGGGGCCUCAACUCGUAAAGCAUUAUUAUUGUAGUUGUGGCAGUGUGAUAGCGUCUUUUUUUGUUGUCUCUAUUGUUUAAGGAGGUGGGGGUAGAAUCUCAAAUCUUAUUAUAAUUGUAAUUUUUAUUUAACUCGUGUCCGACAGCUAAUUAUCUAUCGAACAAGUGUUAAUAUUUAUUUUAUCAUAGAUGGAUAAAUUGCACUGUCGAAGUAGUGAGAGAAGACGAACACCAGUGGGGAGAA